AUGAAAACUCCCUUCGAAAAGCAGGAUGCUUCACACGACAAUGUCGAACGAGCCUCUGUCCAUGGCGGCGAAUCCGUAACGAUAUCUCGCCAGUUUCACCAACAAGAUGUUUUCACCGCUCCUCGUCGAGGAGAUGUCAACUUCCGUGGUGUCUCCUGGCCAGCAGCAACGGUGCUGGUCGCAAAGUUUCAGAUUGGUCUAGGAGCGCUGAGUAUUCCCAGCACAUUUCACGUUCUGGGGUUCUUUCCGGGCAUCCUCAGCUUCGUGAUCCUGGCCCUCAUCACCACGGGUGCUGGAUUUGUCUGUGGCAACGCCAGACAAUACUACCCACGACUCCAUAGCAUCGCGGACGCUUCAGACCUCCUAUUUGGCCCGAUUACGAGGGAGGUUGUUGGCUGCGUGUACUACCUUUAUCUCGCCCUAACUACAGGAGCGGGUUUGCUCACCACUUCAGUGGCUCUCAACGCUCUAUCAGAGCACGGAACCUGCUCGGUUGUCUUCGUUGCGGUCAUUUCUGUGGCUUGCUUCAUCCUGGGUACCGGCUUUCGCACCCUGGAACGAGUCGCUUGGAUCAGCUGGGCUGGCGUGACUUGCAUCUUUGUCGCCCUGUGUGUGACAACAAUCGCAUGCCUGGCACAAAAUCGACCUGCAGCAGCUUUACCGGCUCCGGCACCUCUCGACAUGGACGUGUGGGCGUUUCCAGAGGACACGACAUUCACCCAGGCAAUGAUAGCAGUCUCUAACCAGCUGUUUGCAAUGAGAGAGCCUCAGAAAUUUACCCGUGCUCUCGUCAUAGGGCAGAGCUUUAUUGUCUUGACCAACAUUGCCGUUGGUAGCAUCGUGUACGCAAAAGUUGGCCAAUAUCUUGCCAGCCCUGCUCUAGGAUCAGCAGGACCAUUGAUCAAGAAGGUCUCAUAUGGGAUCGCGCUCCCCGGCCUCUUGGUCACAGCCAUCAUCUACAGCCAUAUUGCCGGGAAGUACUGCCUUGUGCGGAUCUUGCGAGGGACACGCCAUUUGCAGUCUAACACAGUGACGCACUGGGCUGUUUGGAUUGGAGCAAUGCCGGUGACCGUUGUGUUCGGUUUCAUCAUCGUCAAUCUGGUGCCUUUCUCCGGCGACUUCUUGAGCUUGGUUGGUGCUCUGGUCAACCCGAUCUUCACCAACGUCGUGCCUGGAUUCAUGAUCUUGUUCUUCAUCGCCAAGCGACCUUCCAAAGUGGUUAAUGGACAGGAGCACUGGGCCUUGCAAAGUCUUCAAAAGGCCAGACAAGACGGGCCGUGGCUUUUGCUCUGGCUGCUGGCCGUUUUCAUGAUCGCUACAGGAGUUUUCAUCAUGGUGGCUGGCACAUAUGCGACCGUUCUCUCGAUCAAGCAAUCGUACGAUGACGGGUCCAUUGGUGGAGUAUUCUCGUGCGCAGACAACUCAAAUACUUGA